AUGCACAGCUUCAUCACCACCUCUGCGGUCGGCGGCCUCGACGGCCACCAGUUCCAAGACGUGCACAUGCGUGCCUCCGACGGCAGCAUUGUCGUCGACGACCUCGGCAAGGACCCGCUCGACGUCGCGCACCCCAUCCAGAAGAUCAUCGUCUCCCACGGCUGGAUCGUCGACGGCAUCGCGGUCACCUACCAGCUCGCCAACGGCGACGCCACCACCAUCGGGCACGGCAGCCAGUUCGCCAACGCCUCCGUCGUCGAGCUCAACGCGACUGAGGUCCUGGUCGGCGUGUUCGGCCGCGCCGGGUGGCACGAGUACUACAAGCGCGAGAUGGUCGUCGACCUCGGGUUCGUCGUCUUCGACGCCGCCCAGGAGACCACGCGCAUCGUCGGACCGUUCGGCAAUGGGGACGAGAGCAACCACGGCAAGCCGUUCUACUGCUCGGACGUGCUCGCCUUUGGCGGCUUCGCCGUCAACACUAACCACCUGGGCCUCUCUGGCCUGUUCUUCUUCAAGGACGCCGGUAUGCGCUGA